AUGUUGUAUCGAUGGAUCGAUUGCUUGGGGCUGCGUCGUGAGGAGAUUCCUGCCGAAAACGUGUGCUCCACUGGAAACGACAUGUCCAGAGCUGUCCCAUGGUGUUUUGGAGAGGCAGCACUCCGCGGCGUCAUGGAGGAUUAUGCGCCACCAGAGAGGCAACCGAUCUCGGUCGUUGCGGAUGAGGUGUUGCAGAGCGAGGUCGGCACCGAGGUGGGCAGUGGGGCGAACAGCGAGGUCAAAGAGCCAACGAACGAACCCAGCCCCUUGGAGCACCCGACCCGGAGACCGACUCGCGUCGCGAGUCUGCUGGUGCGAGUCAGCGUGGGCGUGGGCCGCCGGGCCGAGCAGGCGAUCAACGACGCAGCGGAGGCAAGCUACAACCUGCACAGCCAAUUGCCCAAACCUCCGCUCGAUCUGGCGGCUCUUUUCGCUUUCAACGACCAGGACCAGUCCACAGCGGAUGGCACAGAUCAGAGCGCCGAAGAAGCUUCAGCCCAGACCGAGGCACCCAAUGAGGCUGAGACAGUGAUCACCGAGACGAACAGCAGUGACGAGGUCAACGUAACGGGAAGCGAAGAUGUGGCGCUGAAGAGUUCCGAGGUGGUCUCUGAUGAGGCUAAAGAUGUGAAGGCACAGCAGUCCGGACAGUGGCGGACACCCAGACACCAUCCCCGCGGGGACAGAGGCCUUUUGCCGUGCACAGUAGUCACCAGGCGGUACACAGCCAUGGCCCAGUCAAGGCUGAAGGCAGCGCGCGCGGACUGGGCGCGGUCGGCUGGCGGGCUGGAUCUCGCGGGCGAUUUUCGGACGAAACACAAAGAUGGGUUAGCGGGGCCCGCCGACGCGCCGCCGCCGAUGGAAGUGGCACCGCCGCCGCACACGCCGAUCUUGUACGUGGCGCCCUUGCUGGCCUUCGGCCUGGUCUUCUUGUACGGCUACCGAAGGUGCUUCAAGCUUCUGGAGGAUCAGUUGUCCAAGCUCUUCCCGUCGCAUCCCGCGCCUCACUCACUGGAGGAGCCACUGGUGAGCGAGGCGUCGGGCGAGGGCGGCGCGUCCGGCAGGAGUUGGCUCCAGCGGGGUUUGGAGUGCUUAUUGGCCCUCUUUCACUACUACACGCUGCUUUAUGUGGUUUGUGGAUAUUUGAUCUGGGAUGAGUACAAGAGCUCCUUUCGCUUGUUGAAAAGCACCCACUACUUGGCCCCUGAGAAUCUCAAAGACAGAUUUCUGCAGGAGACCGAACCCUUGCCGAACUGGUGGCAAGACGAGGUGAAACACAUGGUGGACCCUGGUGGGUUCCAAGUCUUGCGACGCUUCACUCUGCUGUCGCCACUCUUCUUGGCACUCACCUUCCUGGUCUCCUUGGGGAAUACGCUUCGACAUGUUUGGCGUAUGCUUCGGAAGGGAGGCCUGCUCAAGCAGAACCCUGGCAUUGAUAGCAGCAUCAUGAUCAUCGCGCUACCUAUGAUCGCCUGUAUGAUGUCAUACAGAUCAGUCACGCGCAUGUGGAUGAUCUGUGCCAACAGCAAAGUUGGAAGUUUGGGCUAUGUGGAAGACUUUCAGGGCAACCGGACCUGGGUGGCGCGCUUGGUGGUUUGCCAGAACAUGUAUGAGACAAACUUCUUGCUGACGGACCUCUACGAGUCCUGGGCCUUGCUCCACUUCGCCAACUUAGCCCUGCAGAUCAUCGCCUCUCGCAGCACCAAGCCCAGCCGAGCAAGUGUACCGCAGCCGGCCGCACGCGCGAGUCAGACGGUGAUGAGCCUGCAGGAGAAGCUGACUGAAAGUGUCGAUGCUUUGACCAAGCAAGGCAUUUAUCUCUUCAACGGCACCUGUUUUCUGGAAGCGGCCUACAGCCUCUUCACCACUUCCGUCGAGGCAUACCUGGGCGGCGAUCGGACCUUGAAGUUCAACGAGCGAGUGUAUCGCAGCCGGACUCGCGUUCACUACUUCUUCCUGGGCAUGGGCGCGAUCGCCUCCUCCGCGGCCAUCGGCAACGUGGUCACCGUGGAGAUGACCUUCGAGAAGCAACUGGAGACCUUUCGGCCCUCGGCGAAGUUCUGGUCCACGAAGAUCCUCCUCUCCAUCGGUUUUAUUCAGACCUUGCUGUUGGAAGUGCCUCCCUUGUCCACCAGCCUCUCCAUCACUGAGAAGGAGAGCGGUGUCGUGUGUGGGGUGAAGUUGGGGGGCUUAGAUCAAAGUGUUUGCACAGACGUGCAUAGAUUCGAACAUCUAGGUGAUGCGGAGAAGCAUGGUGGAGAGGACUGCCGCGGCCAAGAGCAGCGGUUCGACCACGACGAGGACGAGGAGGUGGCCGGAGCAAGUGGGCGGAGCGGGGUGCGAGGCAAAGUUCUGGUGGGCCUCACCAUCUUCCUUGGUACGGUGGUGUCUCAGCUGGAGAAACUGGAGCUGGACGAAUCUGGGGGCUGGACGAUGCGCAAGAGCUUCGGCAUGGCUGGUGGAGUCAACAACUUUCUGAGGGGCGGCACCGGGGCGCCGGUGAUGCCGGACGCCGGACAGACGUCGAGGGAGAGCAGUGAAGGGCAGAAUCCGCUUUGGCAUGAGGUGCCACGCAACGUUCUGGAGGACUCCACCCUUGGCGUCGCCGUCAGGGCCGAGGUGCCCAGAUUGGAGGAGAACGGAACCUUUGAGGCGCCGAACCACACCCGUCGGGCGGAGAAACCGCAGCGGGUGGAACGGAAUCGCAGCCAGGAUCACCCCGCCAACGUAAGCGGAAAGUGCUCGUCUGGACAUCAGGGAGGUGCAGGCCGCUGCACCUCCUCCACGGAGUGUGAGGCCGAGCGCUUCUGCCAUCAGGAGCACUCGACCUGCGAGCCCUUUUGCAUCAGCAGCUAUGGACGCAGCGAGUUGCAGAUGAAGCGCUGCAGUGGCUGUCUAAAGAGCUGUGGUGCGCGAUGCCAUGGCUUCAUCGAGGAGCGCAAGGCCUUGCGCGAAGGCAGCUGUGCGAAGCGCUUGCUGCUUCGCAGCUGCCAGCAAUGCAAGGAGGCGUGUCAAGAGCUCCCAGAGGAGAUGCCCAUCCGCUUCCCAGAAGAUGAACCGAGAGUGGCAGACGUGUGGAUCACGAGCUAUCCCAAAGCUGGCUCGACUUGGGUGCGCCACCUCAUCACCAAUCUGCAUUUCGCUGUAGAAGGACAACGGAGACCGGCCUCAUUCAAAGAGGUGGAUGACUUCAUCCCCUUCAUCGAGGAUGGCCAAGGGUGGACCUCGCGCACCAUGUUCCGCGAUCGUCAAGGUCUGCGAUUUUGGAAGAGCCAUUCGCCCUUCCAUUGUGACACCUUCCCAUGCAAGGGCCACGUGGUGGCGCGGCAGGGCCCUUCGCAGUGCAUGUGUCCCAACUGUGCCGCCAAGUUCCGACGGGUGGUCUACAUCUACCGUAAUGGCUACAACACGAUGGCUUCCUAUUUCCGCUUCCGCUUGGGCUUGGGUCACCUUCGUGAUCGGAGAAACUUUGGGACCUUUGUGAAUGACCGGAGGAUGUACCCAGGCACCUCCUGGGCGGAUCAUGUUCGCUCCUGGCAGCACGCUGAGCAGCGCGGGGUGAAGAUCUUUUGGCUCCGGUAUGAAGCUCUCGAAGAGCACACGGAGGCGGAGCUCCAACGCUUGGCUCAGUUUUUGGGACUGAAGGCUGAGGAGGAGCAUUUGAGCUUGGCGGUGAACGCCUCGAGUGCCUCGACGAUGCAAGAGAUGGAGCACACGGAGGGUGGGCUGAAUUUCUUCAAGCUUCGCUACAACCGCAGCUCUUUGAAAUUUGUCUCCUCAGGACAGGGCAACAUGGCCACGAAGCGCUUGUGGCAGGACGUUUCCGAGGAGGUCUUACGAACCUGGAGGCAGCACAACGGCCCCACCAUGCGGUGUUUGGGCUAUCCAGACGCCCCAGUCUGA